CCAGGUAAAACUUAGACCUAAAAUCAGCUCUGUUCUCACUUUCCACUGGCGCCACUGAACGCAGCCAAUGACGCUCCCAUUGUCACUACAAGGAUUUAUAAUAGGGCUGCUGCUUUUCUCUGCAGUCAGUGAAGAUUGUGAUGGCCCCUCAGCUCCUGAGUGCUUCCGCAGAAACAAUAAGGAGUCCAAGUACUUGUGUGAGUGGAGCUCCCCCUACAGAGACCGCAUCCACUACAUCCACUUCUGGAAAGACAACGAUUCAUUUCCCUGCGGGAUGCGGUACAAAGAGGAGAGGCCAAACUGGGCAAAGAUUCGGGAUGAGUGCGUAUUGUACACGACUGAAGUGGCCAUCUGGGUGCAGGUGUCCAACUGCACGUCCCCUAUGACCUGGGUCACGCUACAGGACACAAUUAAAUAUGAGAAUCCACAGAACAUCAUGGUGAGUUGGUUCCUGGGCAACCUGACCCUGCAGUGGAAAGCGCCUGAACAAAACAACGCUGCAGUGGAGAUAUGGCACCGAGCGAACCCCUCACAAACAUGGAACAAGAUAAACAAAACAACAGCCGCUCCAAAAGAUAACAAAUAUGCCCUCACACUGAUAAACCUGGGGAAGACUUCAGCCAAACAGCUCCAAAUCAGACAUAAAUCUACCAAAGCCAAGAACCCUCUUUGGAGCAACUGGGCGAAGGUCCUCACUGACUCCAUUGAGUUUAUCCGAAUCUCAAAAAAACGUAUGAAUGUGACAACAAGAAAAAUGGUAGUUCAAAGAAGACAACUCACGCUAAGGUGGAAGCCACUCGUUAAUGUGGAUGGAGAGGAUGUGAUCUACCGAGUGGAGACUCAAUCGUUCAAAAACUGCUCCUGCCACAAGCAACAAUGGAACACCAGCAAAAGCUGCUACAAAAUAUUUGGAUCCUUCUCCGCUGUCAACCUGUCAGUCACAGCGCUGAACACAGCCAGCUCCUCCCCCCCGGCCCUGUUCCACGUGCCCCCCGAAAACCCACCGAACUUAAAAGUGUGUAAUGAGACGGCCUUGACUGCAAAAACCAAAAAUGUCUGCAGCCAGUGGUAUGAACUUCAAGAUGGGGUAGUGAAAGAAGACACAGUAAUAGUAUUACCAUUUGAUAAAAAGCCUCUUAACAAGUCUGAAGACAAGCAAAGAAUACAAAACGAACUGAAAGAAUUUCUUCCCUAUCUUUAUUUUGAGCAUGGAUGCUAUGACAAAAUACAGCAUACUAUGAAAAUGUGUGUUUACUACAAGAAAGAAGGAGCGCCUGAGAGCCCUCCUCUGUCCUUCGCCACUUCUACCGAAAACCUAAACUUUCUGUCCUGGAAGCCCAUCCCGACAAAAGAGCAGCGUGGAUUCAUCACACACUACUCCCUGUGCAUCCAGACCAGCUCCGAGGAACUGCCCGACUGCAAAAAUAUCUCAUCCUCCUUGAGAAACUACACUCUGAAGGAUCUGAGCCCUGGCACCAAAUAUGACAUCAGCCUAUCGGGCUUCACCAUAGAGGGGGAGGGGCCUAAAGCCAGAGUCACCAUCAACACGCCUCCUGAGAAACCCUACAACGUGGGGCUCAGUUUCAUGUUGCUGGUCAUUUUCUUUAUGUUGUCAACAUCCUGCACUUUCAUUUUCACAAGGAUAAAAAACAAGGUCUUUCCUCCUGUCCCAACUCCAGUGAUCCCCGGGUUCCCAACGGUCCCAGCUGAGGUCCAGGACCUGCUGGAGAGGAAGGAGGAGGUGGACAAAGUGAUCUUGGUCCAGCAUCACCCGGAGUGCUACCCCCUAAAGGACACAGAGAGGAGCUGCACUCUGGAUGGGAUAAGGGUCACAGGCUCCUCACACCUGGAGGGAGAAGAAGAUGAGGAAGAGAACAGGAGUUCACAAAUAGAAAGUGAGAAUAAUGAACAAACACCAAAAGACCCCGCAGAAGAAGAGCUGACUGAUCCAGACCAAAUUCAGAAUGAGAUCGCUCUGCUCGUUUACAGAAACGGACUGGUGUUUGAUGUGAACGUAGACUCAGUUAAUGCAGAGUCCUCAAUGUAGCAUCAAAAUGUAGCUUCACCUGGUUUUAAAGGCGGUCUGUUGUUCUUCUAUGGGGUUUUAACUGCUGCACAUUGUAUCAGGUUUGUGAAGCUGUAGUGUACUGUUUUGUAUCAGGUUUUUGUAUAUUUAUGGAGAACUGUCAUGUGGGAGCUUGUGGGCGGAGCAUUGUACAGAAUCUUACAGCCAACCGCAAGUAGGGUUUGAACAGGGUCCGGGAGAGAUCGCUAAAAUACUCUGUCUGUUUUUGAUGAAGAAACAACAUUACAACAUGUUAUAAAAGCCCCUCCCCUCAUUUGUGAACAGUUUGUGUGAUUAGACCUAAUUUCAGUUUCACAAAAAUACACUGUUUUUUACAUUUUAAAAGAAAAAAAAAAAGAUUAAAUACUUUGUCAGAAUAUGAGACUUACAUUUUGAAAUCAUCUCACAAACCCCACUUUUCUUUAUGGCAGGUCUAUUUGAUAUUUAUUAAAUUACAUGUGUUUUUAUUUCUCAUAAAUAUCUUUCUGUGAGCCACCUCUCUGCAGAUCUGACACGUAACUCGGCCUAGUGAGGUGAUGUCAGGUGCUUGUGUCCAUGGAGACUGAUACUGUUUAAUGUUUGUUUAAUUCCAUUCUCUAGAACAUUAUAGGAAAAGCACUAACACCUCCAUGGAGACCAGCAGCAAAAAACAAGUUACAUAACGCACCUUUUAAUGCAUUGGAUGAAGUGUAAACGAAUAGAAAUUGUUACAUCGCUUUUAGUAACGAUAGUAACGAUAGUCAGAACAUUUAGGUGAUACAUUAUAUUAUAUAUGUAGAUGUAAAGGGCCUGUAUUACGUUGUUUUUGUUAUAAUGUUUCCUCAUCAAUAACAGCCCCUGAGUUGUUUUAUUCACACGUGUAACACACAAACCCUGCGUGUUUAGGCUCAGUUCUUCUCUCAAACUGAAACACUCUGUUCCACCUUGUGAUGAUGUCAGGUGCUAAUACAGGAAGUGCUCCACUGUGUUUUUAAACUCCACACACCUUCACUAGAAUCUUUGGAUGAUUUCAGCCCUGCGCAUCUCUACAGAACUAAAGGUAAAACGUAGCUGUUAACUUGAAAAUUACCACUACAUGACA